AAGGGAGGAAAGAGAAAAAAAGGGAGGAAAGAGAAAAAUUUUCAGAAAAUAAGGGAGGAAAGAGAAAAGCUUUGAAAUUCAAAAACCUAAGAGAAAUUGAAGAUCGCGCACCACCGACCACCGCAAGAGCACGGCACCACCGAGUCACCGACCGCUGGAUUUCUAGCCGCAACACCGCUACAGCGCCACUACCGUCAAGGCGUCAACACCUGAAGAAAUUUAUGAAAUUCUGCAAAUUAAAUCACAAACGAAUUCUACUUAGUCUUAGUUUAUCUCUAUCAAAAUUCUUGUACUUCAAAAUUCAAUGGAGUAACAAGCUGAGGAUAACGAAAACCCCAGUCAAAACCCUCUGUUUCCGGUAAAUGGGAUCGACAGAUGGUUACGAAAUGAUGGAUGUGUAUAAAAUAAAAGGCGGCAAUCACUUAUCAGGUGCCAUUAGAGUUGAUGGAGGGAAAAAUAGUGCAGUCGCAUUAAUUCCUGCAUCAAUACUAGCCAAUUCUGUUGUAGAAAUCGAGGGCUUACCAGACAUUUCCGAUGUGUUGAUGCUUAAAAAGAUUUUGGAAGAAAUUGGCGGAGAAGUAACGUUUAAAGAUGGAAAGAUGAUUAUUGACCCGACCUGUAUGGUAAACACGCCUUUACCAAGUGGUAAUGUUAAAAAGCUUCGUGCUUCAUAUUACUUGAUGGGUGCCAUGCUUGGCCGUUUCAAACAUGCUGUGAUUGGGCUACCCGGCGGUUGUUUCCUUGGGGGACGCCCGAUUGACCAACACAUCAAAGGUUUUAAGGCCCUAGGAGCACAAGUGAUGACUAAUGAACAAGAAAUAGUCUAUUUGCGCGCUGAUGAGUUGCACGGUGCAAAAAUUUGCUUAGACGUUGUUAGUGUUGGUGCAACAAUCAAUAUCAUGCUUGCUGCUGUUCUGGCUAAGGGACAAACUGUUAUCGAAAAUGCAGCAAGAGAGCCUGAAAUUGUUGAUGUUGCAUCUCUUCUUAUUAAGAUGGGUGCAAAAAUCAAAGGGGCAGGAACAAAUAGCAUCAGCAUUGACGGGGUUGAGAAAUUAGAUGGGACAAAGCACACGGUUAUGCCAGACCGAAUUGAGGCAGGGACGUUCAUGAUCAUGGCAGCAGCUGUUGGAGAUGGAAUUACAAUCGACAAUGUAAUUCCGUCUCAUAUGGAAGCUUUGAUUGCAAAACUACGCGAAAUGGGUGUUCAAGUCCAAGAAGGCAAAGACUCCAUUUUCAUUCCGAAAUCUAAAAACUUAAAGGCGAUUGAUAUAGAAACAAGUGUUUACCCUGGUUUUGCAACAGAUUUACAGCAGCCGUUUUCUGUGUUGAUGACACAGGCAGAAGGAUCUUCGACGAUUACUGAUACAAUUUACUCAGAGCGUUUUAAACACAUUGACGAGUUAUGUCAUAUGAAUGCUAGCUGCCGGAUGGAAGGAGGAAAAGCUAUCAUUACAGGAUCAACUUUGCUUACAGCAGCAAGUGUUGUAGCAUCUGAUUUACGAGCUGGAGCAGCAUUAGUCAUUGCAGGUUUGCUUGCAGAAGGUGAAACUGAAAUUCGCGAAAUUCAUCAUAUUGAAAGAGGAUAUUCAAAGAUUAUUGAAAAAUUGCAAGGACUAGGUGCUGAUAUUCAUAAAGACAGACAAUUAGUGUAA